AUGAGUCUGCGGACAUCAGGUGUCAGAGCGGUGUGGCAUUCCUCAGUUGCCCGUGGUGGCCUCUACAGCAGCUCUUCUGGCUGCACAGGUCACUUCAGUACCUCCCGAAGGCGGGCAGUAUCUAUGCAAACGCGAGCAAGCAGUUCUUUCCGUUUUUUUAACCGCAUGCGAGACAAUGCGGAACCACGUAGCGGUAGUAAUGAGACAAAAUGGCCCUCGUUCUUUCCCAGUCGUGCCGAAGAUGCCCAUUUGCCGCGUAGUCAGGGAGACUCCAGUGCCUGCCACGCACAGCUGCCCCCGCCGUCCAGGAGCAUAGGAACGCUGUCAACGUUCCCGGCGGGAUUCUCGCUGAAUAGCCUAGCAGCGAGCAACAAAGAUCCACAUCUCUGCAGGCGCCAUCCAGAUCGCUACGUUGGCGCAGGGCAGCAAGCGGACGAGCCCAGAGUCGCCGAUACGCGCACGCCACCGAGCCUAGCUUGUCUCGAGACCACCUCGUCUGUGAGUCCAGGGCUCGUGGUGGAUUUUUUCUGGAGUAGGAGGCACAAACAACGAAACGCAGGCAUCCACUCCGCCUGGCAAAAACAAGUGUACGAGCAUACUCUUUCGAAAGUUCAAAGGCUCAUGUCGCUUUCACACGCAAGAGAAGAGCUGCAGCGUGUGCAUCUUGACGAGGGGGCAGUCGAUCCGCAUAUCGCCACUCCCAAGCUUCAAGAAACGUCGUCAUUGUCACCACCCGCAGUCCCAGUGGCGCCUGAGGAGCGAAAGUCAGGAGAAACUGGCGACUCAUGCGGGCUUGUGCAAAGCGGGAUGCAGGUCGAAGAAUUUUCAGCAGACACGCCCAAGAAAAAUCAGCAGGGACAUGCGUCUGCCGAACCGAUGAACGCAGCAUUUGUGACAGCGGGGGGAGAUGGGGUAACAGGCACAGUGAAAGGACUGAGCAAGACUGUAUCACAAACGUCUUUGGAGCAACGGCAGGCAGAGGACAAGUUGGGGCAAGCCGCAGAGGAGCAGACAGUGGAUCUUGAUGUGGAGGUGUCUGAACCGUUUGAAGGGGUCGCAAGUUGCGCGAAGAGAGGGAGGUCACAGGAUUUCCAGGCAAGCAGUGACAGCUUUUGCGGUCAGAAGGUGAUGCAGGAAUUCAUGGAAGCAACGCAGACUGACACGCGCAAGGCGUUGCUGGGUCAGCAAGAAAAGGAACAGAGGCUCAGUCAGAUCCCGAAGAAAACGUGGGAUUUGCUUUUGGCGGAGGCACACACUAUCGGAGGUAGUGGGGCCAGUGGAUGGACUGCGGAGGAAAAACGAAUGCUAAAAGAGUUGAAGCGGUUGGAGAGAGAGGAAUUCACUUCUCGCAAACCGUCAGAUAAACCUGCGUCGCAAGGUUUGCUAAUCGAUCCAUCCGUGCAGAAGACAGAGCCAGCGUGCCUGCGCUGCGGGCUUCAGAACGGAUGGCUGGCAGGUGACUAUCUUGCCACGCAGAAGGAAGGGGAAAGCGCGUUUCUCCCUAGUGAAACCGUCGGUGCUGAUGGAGGCGGAGCUCGACAAAGAGCAGAUGGUGUUUUUAUUCUGCCGUUCAACGGAGGGAGCAGCAUGAAAUCGGAUGGGAGAGUGAGUGGUGAGGCCAUACCGGGCGAAACGCCUUCGCGAGUUGCAGAUUCAUCGGGUGAGCGCCGCCAGGAGGCGAACGGAAAAGAACUGAGAGACAUCUCGCUUUCCACGGACAGGGGGGACCAGAGCAAGCACGUAACGUGGUUGCGUUACGAGGAUCUUCCUACUCUAGACAAGCAAGCGUCUCGGAGUUCCGGGGCAGCUGACGGGAGUCAGACGCCGGUAGAGGACACCUGUGAUGACUGGAUACGGCAAGUAGAUGAAGAGUGCAGCAAGAUCCCACCAACAGCGUUAAGGACUCUCUCGGGAAAUGGUGGACGAGAGCUAUUCUCCAGCUCAUCGAGUCGUGCUGACAGUUUUGAGGAAGGAAAUCAAAUGCUUCCGCGUGUCCUCGUGCCGCGCCAGCGCGAAGGCGGAGCGGCCGAAAUCGACGGGGCGACAGCUCGGGACAGCUGCAAAUCCAGCACGCCUGCGGCCAGCCGCUUCGCGUCCGCUGCGGAUGUGUGUCAAACACCGAUGCGCAGAGACGCUGAAGGAUGUGGUACAUCUACAUUGGGAGAGCCGGGGAAAGGCCUGCUUGCAAGCUCUCGCAUGUGGUCUCAUUCGCUGCGGAACGGCGACGCUGUCGGGGGGAGCAGAAGCUGGGGCCGCGGUGCUCCUGGAAGCUCCCCUGGCCAUGCGGAGGAGCCUGACCUUUCCUCCAGCGUGUCCAGCUCUUCCGCAACGAGCUGUGCCAGUUUUGGUGGCAAGGCAUAUAACUCGGUUUCGCACGCGGCACAAGGAGAAACAGGGACGGGACUAUCGGCGUCUCCGGGAGGGGACUGCGACGCUGGUGGCUGUACGGCAAGCCAGCACAGUAACGCCGGCAGAUGGAAGGAUUCUUCUUCACAAGACCUGGCAGCCGCGGCGUCUGAGAGGGCUAACGUGCGUGCAGAGCGGAUUCUGGCAGAGUUCCGGCAUCUGUGUGACGCGGCAGGGCACGAAGUGCGGCGAGCCCAUCAGGAGCUCGAGAAAGUGCGCGUGAUAGUUCAGCAAGUGAAAGAGCGUCAGAACGCGAUGGCAGCGUGGGUGCUGAAGGCUGGCUCAGCUUCGCGGAAAUUGCACGAGCGUGCGGACGAGCUUUCGCUCGCUAUCGAUGAGCUGCGGGACGACAUGCGUCUUUUCAGAGUCAAGAUGUUGAGAAAGGGAAGAGACACUGAAGCAGCGGCAUGUCGAGCGUUCACGGAGACCGAUCGGGCGGCCUUACAUGCAGGCCGGCUGGACGAGAAGUGUGGUGAAGCGAGGGAGAUGGUCCAGAAAACAGAAGCGAAAGUGGAGGCGAUGGAGAGAGAGUGGGGUGCGCUCAAGGCCCAGUGCCAACGGGCUGAACAGCGCGAAUCAGAUAUCGAACGUCUUCAGAGAUCAGUUCGAGAUCUCGAACUGGGGCUCUCAGAAAUCAGAGAGGCGCAGAAGCAGCAGAACCGCGACAAACAUCUCCCACGGCAAAUUCACGAAGAGAGGAAUAUGGGCGUCACAGCAGCCCCUGGAGACUUUCGCAAAGGCGUGGACGCUGCCACGAGUGUUUGGAACUUGCAGGGAGCGGACGAGGGUCCAGGCACCGGCUCUCGGGAGACAGCCUUUUCCUGUCAGUCUGCAAACCAGCACCAGGAGGACAAACCGCGUGGCGCACAGUGCCCCGGUGUUUCUGGUGCGACACACGGACAAGGAGCGUCUUCAAGGCUUCCUAUGAUGCGGGCACCGACAGAUGUAGACACCCCCUUGCGGCGCCUACCUCCGCUCUUAUUUCAGCGCCUGUCACCUGCCUCUUUUCCGCCGUUGCGGCAGCGUGCAAAACAGGACGGCGAGCGCCCGAGCGACGUCAGCAAGCUGGGAGGUUUCCCCACGGAAGCAUCCUUAGACAAGGUUACGGUUGUCGCUGAUAAACCAGACGAGGCAGCGCUACAGCUGCGAGGUCCUUCGUGCUCGCGCCGCCCUACCCCGCAGCGUGUUCAGACGCGAGAGGUGAGUUUGAGAAGCGUGGAAAGCGACGUUUCCUCACCUGUGCUCACGUGCGGGGCAGAGCAGGGGACGCCAAAAGGCAGCAAGACGAACCCGACACAGCCUGCCACCUCCGCGGUUAUGAUUGGGAUCAACCUUGUAUCGCUUCUCUUCUGUGCGGGGGCCCUUUGGAACUUGGCGAGACUGAGAAAUCAAGAAAACACGUUCACGUGCGAAGACGGUUUUUAUCCUCUGUCGCCGACGGACGAUGAACGCGACGAGAGCUUGCAGAUUAUUGGCGACCGAGUCUCUCGCCUCUCGACCGCUCUCUACUCUUGCUUGCACGUCGUACCAGAGCGGAGCCGCCUGGCGAAGGAGCUAAGAGAGAGGCGAAGACGAGAGAGCGCGCAGGAGGCGUUCAAAAGACAAGCAAAUCAAGAGGAUAUUUCGAAGACUCUCCGUGCGGAUGCGCGCCCCCCCCAAGAUGGGCAGCUGACAAAAUCUGAUGCUAGCGGCUGA